UUUUUGGUAGGCCUGAUAGGCCUGUGAUAAACAAAUCGAGUAGCACAAGUUUUAUAUAGGUAAAUAAUGCAUUGGUUUAGUAAACAAACAAAUGCCCUAAGGAUUUAGACACCGGUAAACGGGUAGGCUACUGCCAGUUGUUUAUUGUUUCCCUGGGCGACGGAUUGUUACGCAAAUGUUGAAUCUACUUCAGGACACUUCAACUUUGCAGACUAUCACGCCAUAUAAAGUCAUCCUUUAUACAAAAUGGACAGGAGUGAAAUGUCUUGCAUGAGCAUGAAUGUGAGGAAACACACUGCCUCUCAACACUCACUCUGGAGUUCUGGAAAAGAGCAAGAGUUCAAGCCUCACAUUAGACACGUUGAGCCUGUUCUGACUGAAUGUGACCUGGACUGGAAAUCCCGUCUGCGCAGGAUAGCUGAACCUCGAUACGGUGAUGCCCCACUUCCGCACAUCAAAGACAUAAAGUUUCCCAUCGAAAGAAAACUGAUGAGGUCAUUUCCACAGUCUAAUAUGACGUCCUGGACUGAGUGGAGCUUUUAUCCAAACUUUGGACAGCCCAAGACCUAUCACACUGGAAAGAGAUGUUUUAUAGACAAUAUGAAUCAACCAAGAAGCACAAGAUGUAUUUCUGAGAAUUCCCUGGAAUCAUCCAUUGGGAGGAAAAAGAAGGCCACAGAUAAAUUCAACUCGUCAACAAGAGCCAGACCUUUUCUAGUUCCUGAGUAUAGCCCUGGCUUUCACAAGUUUAAAUCAACUCCACACACAACUACUUUUGGGUCUUUAGCCACUUAUGAAUCAUUUAUUCGCCUACAGGCCCCUCCAAAAGAGUUCAGAAAAUCUUAUGCAGAGAAAAACAAAAUUCGAGAGAAAGAAAAUGACAUUCUUGAAGUCGAGAGGCUAAACAACUGGAAACCAGCGCCAGAUAUCUAUCCCAGGGCAGUUUCGCAGGACAUCUAAUUUGCAAGCGGUUGAACUAUACUUUCUACUUAGAAUACUAUAUUUCUUACAUAAAUUAGUUAUGGCUUUGCUGUAUAACUAUACACUAAGAAGGUUUCAAAGCAGGCCAACGUUUUCUCAAAUGCUGCAGACUUUGGAAAGUCCACGACCUGACCUUUCUUUGCCGUAUUAUUUUUUAGUGGGGUACAUUCUUUAGGUGUUUUCUAAUUCCUUGACAAUUCUCUGUUUUCAUUAUAGUCAUGUAAUGAACUUCUGGUGUUUAAUCUAGAUGACAUAUAUAAAGUCAGCUGGCUUUGCAGAAGUCUAAAGAUGCAUAUUUUACAGCAGUUUGUUGCUUGUGUAACAUUCUGUGUUGCGGGCCAUCUGGUGUGUUGUUAUCUAGCCAUCAAAAGGUUAGGCUUUGCCGCAUAAUUAUUGUCCAUACGGUUCAUCCGAAGGGCAGAUGAAUAAUGCCCAAAAGUUUAUCGACACGCUACAGCUCGUACAGUUUAAUUGUCAUGCACCUACACUUUCUGUAACCUCACACAGCACACCCAUGCAUGUGUUUCUGUGAGCAUGAUUAGCAUUGCUAAUGUAUAUACUGUCCUUAACUUGUACUGCAAGCAUGCUGUAGAGAGAAAUUAUAUUGUUUCACUCUGUAGCGUUAUUAAGUUUUUCAGUCUCCCAUGCUCUAGCUAUGUUUAGCAGAAUUACUUUUUUUUAAAGGUCUUUCAUUUUUCUUGACAAGUUCUUGUGAUAUGUAAAUUUCAUGUGAUAUGGAUGGAUUUCCAGAAUAACACUCUAACAAUCUUUAAAGCCUCUGACAUACUCCCUUGAGAUCGUCUAAGUGGUACAGAUCACCUUUUGAGUGCAUUUAUGUCAAAAAGAGAUGACACAUCCCUGGCAUAAAAGUGAAGAUAUGUGUCACACAGCAUAUUAAUUUGACACCCUCUUUUGGCGUGAAUGCAUUGGAAAAAAGAAAAUAUGUCUUCAUCUAAAGUUUCUUUUUUAAAUGCAAUAAGAGCCAUCUCGUUUCUAAUUGGUGUAAUUGGCAUCAUUACG